UCAUCAUCCGGGGGAUGUAUUUUUAAGCAGGCGGCCGAAAGAUUUCAACCUUUCCCAUCGCGGACCGCGCUCAGUUACGAGCGGACCUCUGACGGGAGCGGAACUUGAAUAAAGUCCCGCCCGACCAGGACCAGGACAUUCAGAGAUGAUCUUCUCGCGGAUCAGGAACCUCCUGGUGGCACCCUGGCUGUGCUAUCUGUUGAUUGUGAGUUGUAGUUUGCUAGUGAAUAAUGUAGACUGUGCAAAAAAGGCUGCCGCGGCGGCGCCCACGGAUUCCGCCACGAUCGAGGAAGUGUCCGCCAAACAGUUGGAACGGAUACUCGAGGAGAAGGAUUACGUCGCGGUGUAUUGGUAUGCGCGUAGUUGUACGACAUGUGAUACAGUAUUAGCCGAACUCGAGCACAUCGACGAUGACACCGACUCGUUCGGGGUCGACUUCGUCAAAAUCAACGACAAACGACUUGCGAAGCAGUAUGGCAUCUCGAAAUUCCCCGCCCUCACCUAUUUUAGAGAGAAAGAACCCAUCAUCUACGAUGGUGACCUCAUGGAUGAAGCUGGCGUGCUGGACUUCCUCACCUCGCUCGAAGCGAUGGAUCUUCCGGACCGGAUCGAGGAGGUCAACGCAAAAAUCUUAGCCAAGAUUAUCGAGGAUUCCGACUACGUGGCUGUGCUGUUCUGCACAAAUCACGAAAACUGUCCACCCGGAAACAACAACAAGCCCGAGUGCAAGAAAUGUAUCAAGGCCCUUCAGGAGCUGGAGAACAUCGAUGACGAGGCGGACGAGCUGGACAUCGGCUUCGUCAAGAUCCACGACGAGGAACUGGCCGACGAGUACAACCUGGGCGAGCUGCCCAAGCUGGUCUACUACCGGCACCAGACGCCGAUCGUCUACGAGGAUGAACUUCAACGCGAGGAGGAUGUCCUCGAGUGGCUCGUCGAAAACAAGGCCACUGGCGACGAAGAGGACAUCAUCGAAGAGGUGAACGCCAAAACGCUGAAAACUCUGAUUGCCAACAUCGACAAUCUUGUUGUUUUGUUCUACGACGAAGGUGACGAUGAGUCGGAGAAUGUGCUGCACGAGUUGGAAAACAUCGACGACGACUGCGCCAAGCAGGGAAUCCAGUUCGUCAAGAUCGAUGACGCUAAAGUGUCGAAGGAGUACGGCAUCGAUGAGAUCCCAGCUAUUGUCUACUUUGAGAAUGAAGUUCCCAACGUGUACGACGAUGACCUCAGCGAUGAGGAACAGAUCCUGCAGUGGCUGUUGUCGCAGCUGGAGAAGGACGAAAUCGAGGAUGUCACCGACGAAAUGUUGGACAAAUUGAUCAAGCAGGGCAAAUCGGUUGCCGUUUUGUUCUACGAUAACAACGAUAAGAAAUCGGACAAGAUCCUGGACGAACUGGAAAACAUCGACGAUGAGUGUGACAACUUGGGAAUCAAUUUCGUCAAGAUGGACGACACCGAGGAGGCCAAGGACUACGGUGUUACCAAGUUCCCGAAGUUGGUCUACUUCGAGCAAGGUGUGCCGACCGUAUUCGAAGGAGAUCUGGAGACCGAAGAGGAGGUUCUGGAGUGGCUCGAGCGUCAGACCAGCUCGGACGAGAUCGAAGACGUUACCGAUGAGAUGCUGGACAUGAUCAUCGAGAAGAUGGAACACGUCGCGGUUCUGUUCUACGACAAGGAAGAGAAGGCCUCCCAGAAGGUGCUGGCCGAGCUGGAAAACAUUGACGACGAGUGCGACCAGAAUGAUAUUGCCUUCGUCAAGAUUGACGAUGAACACGAAGCUACGGAGUGGGGUAUCGAGGAGCUGCCCACUAUGGUUCUCUUCGAAAACGGCAUUCCACACAUCUAUGAGGGUGACUUGAUGAAGGAAGAGGAACUUUUGGGCUGGUUGGUGCACCAGAAGAGACACUCGGAAAUCCCAGAAAUUACCGAUGAAAUCAAGGACAAGCUGAUGCAAACCUACGAGCAUGUUGCUAUUAUUUUCUACGAUAAGGACGACAAGCAGGAUAUUCGCGUAUUGAACGAGCUGGAGAACAUUGACGAUGAACUGGAGAAGGAAGAUAUCAUCAUUGCCCGAUUGGACAAUGCCGAAGAAGCCCGUGAGUACGGUCUGGACCACUUGCCGGCUCUGGUGUACUUCGAAAAUGAAAUCCCCGCCAUUUAUGAGGGUGACCUGAUGAAUGAGGAAGAAGUUCUGGAAUGGUUGAAGCUGCAGAAGUACUCUGCCACCAUUGAGGAAGUCACCGAUGAGAUCUUGCAGGAUUUGAUUGAAGAUCACGAGUACGUGUGCGUUUACUUCAGCGGCUCUUGCGAGGAAGGCGAGAAGUGCGACAAGAUCCUGGAUGACCUGGAAAACAUCGACGAUGAGUUGGAUGAAGCCGGAAUCAUUUUCGUCACCACUGAGGACACUGCUACUGCCAAGAAGUUCAACAUCAAGACAUUGCCCGCUCUGGUAUUCUUCCGAAACAAGGAUCCUCUGAUCUUUUCUGGUGAUUUGAACGACGAAGAUGAGGUGUUGACUUGGUUGACCGAUGAGGAAACUCUAGAGAUUCCCGGAAAGAUCGAAGAGGUCAAUCAGAAGAUGCUGGAGCGCAUCCUGUCGGAAAAUGACCACAUUGUUGUCUUCUUCUAUCACGACGAAGACAAGAAGUCGCAGAAGAUCAUCGCUGAGCUGGAGAACAUCGAUGACGAGUGCGAGGAGAAGGACAUCAACUUUGUCAAGACCUCGGACGAGGAGGUCGAUAAGGAGUAUGAUCUGGAGGAUCUGCCAGCGCUCGUGUUCUACCGCAAGAAGUUCCGCACCAUCUACGGUGGCGAUCUGAUGAACGAGGAGGAAAUCUUGGAAUGGGUUUUGGAGCAGUACGAAACCAAACCGGAAGUGAUUGAAUCGGUUGACCGCAAGACCCUUCAGGUUCUGGUCAACGAGAUUGAGCAUCUUGCCGUGUUGUUCUACGAUGAUGAUUGCGAAACUUGCCCGAAGAUCUUGGAAAAGUUGGAAACCAUCGAUGAUGAUACCGACAAACACAACAUUCAGUUCGUCAAGGCUAAUGACGAGAAACUUGCCCAUGAGAUCGGAAUCUUCUCGUUCCCAGCUUUGGUCUACUACGAGACUGGUGUCCCGAUUAUGUAUGAUGGUGAUCUCCUGAAUGAGUAUGACGUCAUCGACUGGAUAGAGGAACAAACAACGGACGAAAGUAUCGAUGAAGUUGAACGGGAGGAACUGUUUGAAUACAUCGACACCAAAGACUUCCUGGCCGUUGUUUUCUAUCUGGAAGAGGACGAAAACAGUCCGAAAAUUCUGCGCCACAUCGAGCUGAUCGACGACGAGGCGGCCGAGUACGGUAUCCUGAUGGUGAAGUGUUCCGAUCGGCUGAUGGCGAAGAAGUACGGCUUCCGGAACCCACCGGGCGUAACGUACUUCCGCAAGGGCAAGGCCAUCAACUACGACGGCGACAUCGACGACGAGGAGGAGCUGCUGGACUGGCUGACCAACCCGCACAACAUGGAAAUGAUCGACCACAUCGAGAAGGUCAACCGUAAGAUGUUCAUCAAGAUCCGACAGGCUUCCGACUAUCUGGCUGUAUUCUUCUAUAGCGACGACUGCAAACAGUGUCCUCGAGUGUUGGCCGAGAUCGAGCACAUCGACGACGAGGCCGAUGGAGCCGGUAUCAACUUCGUCAAGAUCGAUGACAAGCAGAUGGCGAAGGAAUUCGGUGUGUACGCACUGCCCGGAAUCGUGUUCUUCAAGCUCGGUGCCAAGGAUCCGGUCAUCUAUGCUGGAGAUCUGAACAGUGAGGACGAAAUCCUUAACUGGUUGAUGAUCCAGAAAAAUCCCGGCGGUGACGUUAUCGAGGAUCUGGAGGGCUCAAAACUGCUCAGUAUGAUUGAAGACUCCAGCUCGUUAGCUGUAUAUUUCUGGAACAGUACAACUUGCACAAUUUGCAAUUCAAAGAUCGCUCGAAAGCAACGAAAGGCUGCUGAGAAGCGCCGGGGAUUAAUGUUCGAACCAUCAUCAGCCGAAGCCGCAGACGAAACCGUUUCUGAAGAGAACAACGAUUCAGCAUCUGAGGAUGCUGACAACUGUGAAACGUGCUCGGGAGUGUUGGAGUCACUGGAGAAUAUUGAUGACGAUUGUGACCGGCAUGGAAUUCUGUUCGUUAAGACCGAUGACUUUUCCAUUGCUGAACAUUACGGCAUUUCUGAGUAUCCCGUUUUGGUCUACUUCGAAGAUAACAUCCCUAAUGUGUUUGAAGGAUCUUUGGACGAAGAAGAGGAAGUUUUGCAGUGGUUAAUUACCCAAAAGACUGAGGAUCGCAUCGAGCUCAUCACUCGCGUUAUGCUGGAAGACAUGGUUGAAGAAACGCAAUACCUCGCCGUCUACUUCUAUAAACAAAAAUCACCCUCUUACUGCCGAAGUUUUUGUUCAGCUGAAAACAUGCGCAAGCGCAAGGAUAUGAUUCGAGCAGGCGUAUCAGAUAAGAUCAACUGCAACAUCUGCGACCAGAUACUCGAGGGUCUGGAGGUGAUCGACGACGAACUGGACGUGUUCGGUAUCCACAUGGUUAAAAUCCAGGACCCACAGCUGGCGAAACGGUACUCGAUCAAAACUUUCCCAGCUCUGGUUUACUUCAGAAACGGCAACCCACUGAUCUACGAGGGUGAUAUGCAAAGCGAGCAGUCCGUGUUGGAGUGGCUGAUUGACGAUGACAACCGGGAACUGGCCGAUGAAAUCGAAGAGGUCAACGAACGUAUGCUGGAUCGGUUGAUGGAACAGUCCCCGCUGCUCUGUGUCUUCUACUACGAUGAAGACUGCUCCGAGUGUGAAGAUAUCCUGGAGGAACUGGAACUGAUUGAUGGAGAGGUUGAUCUGUAUGGUAUCGACUUUGUUAAGGUUGCUAGUUUGGAUGCGGCUCAUAAGUACGGUAUCACCACAAUUCCUUCGUUGGUGUACUACAGGAAACAAAUUCCCAUGCUGUACGAUGGAGAUCUUCAUGAUCAUCAGAGGGUGAUGAACUGGUUGACAUCGCAGGACGUUUUUGAAAUCAAGAACGAAAUUGAGGAGGUCAAUCGAAAGAUGCUCAACAAGCUGCUGGACGAGAACGAAUUUCUGGCUGUUUUCUUCUUCGAAGAUGAUCACGCCGAAAGCGAUGCCGUCCUGGAGCACUUGGAGCUGAUCGACAGCGAAACCGACAAUCUGGACAUCACGUUCGUCAAGAUGGGCGACCCGAGGUACGCUCGCAAGUGGGGCGUUACCAAGCUGCCAGCAAUCGUGUACUUCCGCAAACGCUUCCCCAGCAUCUAUCGCGGGGACAUGUACGACGAGCAGGACGUGCUCGAAUGGCUCCGGAAAAAUCGGUUCCGGCAGCCGGAACUGAACCUGCUGAUGUACGGAUGCAUCGCGACGGCGCUUGGCUUCGUCAUCUACACCGCGUUCCUGUUGCAGUGCUUCAAACCUGCACCUCCAGCACCUGUGCAGCAUCCGAAACAAAACUAGAUGACCUACAUACCUUUCCAACUAAAUGCUGUUUAAUGCAGUUUUUCGGCAGAGUACUACACUCUGGCAUGCAAGACAUUUUUUCGACUAUCACGUAGGUUUAGUGUAGAUACAAAUUUCAAUUGCAAAUCAUCAGCACACAAAAUGUAAAUUAUAUGAGUUGUCAAUAAAAAAAAUUUCAGCACUCGGAAGCCUAAUCGAAGCAAGUAAACGACCUUUGUGGAAACAUUCGUUCAAAAUAGAAACUCAUCUUUUUUCGUUAUUAGUAUUUGAUUCUGAUCAUGUCUAGUAGAAAUUUUCAAAACGUAGAUAGUUGUAUAAAAACAUUAUAUUGAUCAAAAAUAUGAAAAAAUAUGUGUAAAAAUUGAAACCAUGCAUUUUAGUAGGAAUAUUUUACUAAUUAAAAAAAUUACGAAACUUUAAUCUUAAGUCGUGCCGAAGAUGUUCAGCCUGACGGAGACGAAGCAACUCCACCCAGCCAGCCACCUCACCAUCAGGGGGCCGUUAUCGUAACUUGAAACGAUCAAAUCGAAAUCAUACGCUAAAUUUAAUAAAUAUACUAACGACGAGCGAUCAAGCCACAAUAACAACGGAAACCGUUAACUUAAGAACACCACAGAAGCCUCUCUUUCUUUGACAUCCCUUAACAACAGCGAAAAGAACGUUUCAACAGCAUAAACGACGAAUUGCAUCAUCUCCCAUCCGUCUUAACGUUCUACUGUAAAUAAGAUCGGUUCCUUCAUCGUUCAAUCAAAUCAACUAAAAAAAAAACAAUCAAUCAACAACUGUAAAUAUAGUUAUAUCAAAAAUACAUUAGAUGAGACACACCUCAUACAAUUGUAAUCUAGAA